CGUUAGAAGGUGCCGAGUGAAAAACCCGGCAUCUGAUUACACUGGAACGACUCAUCUCUGUGAAGACGGAAGCAAUGCGGAUUAAAACCGAAUCAGACAGAAGCUCGACGCAUCCAUGGCGUGUAAAGUGAACACUGUAGAUUAGAACAGACUGCUUUAAUAGUAUUGUUCUUACGCGCGUGGUGCUUUAUCAAACAAGGACAGUUAUGCGUGAUUGUAUAAAUCCAGGCCAGGGUUUUGAAUACAUGAACACAAGCUGUUCUCUGCGCUCUGAAAAAGGACAUUUUCAAGUUGCGGCCGGUCAGAGCGAGCCUUGUGGGAAAGGGGGUGUGUUGAAAUUUGGCAAAAGGUACGUUCAUUGAAAGUUUUAACUUCUGUUUCAAUGCAUUCGCGUCUUUUCGUUGCUCUGUAUGCUUCUCAGUAAAGACUUGUAUUGCUUCUGCCUUUAAGCUUCCUGUUCUUCGUUUGAACAGCGCUGCUGAAUCUCCAUCAGGAGUUCUUCAAAGCAGUCAAGAAGGUGCUAGGAACAGAACAUGUUGCCGAAGACUAGGCUUGGGAAACGGUCCCCACUGGGCACCCUGGUGUGUGGUUCCUCAGCUGAGGGCCUGACAGAAACUGGACCCCUUGGAUGCCUGGAUAGUGGGCCUCACAGAAGCAAGCUUUACCCGGAACAGAAGGUGUAUGUGCACUGUGGAGGCCAAGAAUGUGGAGGUGUGGUCGAACAGCAUAACCACGUGGACAAUGAGGUGUCUAUCUUCCUGCCGCAGGUUAACCAGCACGUUCAUCGCAAGCUGGAAGACGUGUGGACGAGCCCCACGUCCAGUCAUACCACCUCAGUCUCCUCCUCCAUUGAUGUGCCAAGAAGGAGUACAGACACAGUGGACAUGGAUGAGAUUAUGGCUGCAAUGGUGCUUACAAGUCUGUCGUGCAGUCCAGUCAUCCAGCACUCCGCUCCGGUGAAGGCAACUCAAGCUUCGUGUCGAAUGGAAAAUGGUGGUGGCGAACUGUAUGAUGGUGGAUAUUGGAGCUGCGACCAUGGAAACGGAAGCCCCGCCCCAUCACCACCCAUCACAGAGAUGGACAAGAGCGCCCCUCUCAUUGAUGAAGGCCUGGACAUGGAACUGGACCAAAUGUUGUUUAAUGAGCCAACGCCAAGGAAACGCAAGAACUCCGUUAAAGUUGCAUAUCGGUGCUUGUGGCCAAACUGUGGAAAAAUACUGACCACAGUAGUGGGCAUCAAACGUCACAUCCGAAAUUAUCAUCUUGGACAUAGUGAUGAGCACUCCCAAAGGGAAGAAGAUUUCUACUACACUGAAGUCUAUCAGGACCUGGAACAGACCGCUCCCUCUGGUGGCCACGUGCCUUCCUGCACUUCUCCAUCCAGUCCCAGCCGGCACACGCCUCCCUCUUCCUCUCCCACCACCCCGGAGAUGCACCAGCCCAGCCCACUCAGCCAGUCGGCCCCAGGCAGCUUCUGGCAGGUCCAUUCUGAGCACUCUUACCAGGCUCCUCCACCCAUUCAGGUUGUGACUCCGAGCAAACCAGUGUCUGUUCCUGUGUCUUGUCAUUGGACUCCAUCUCUCACAGUUCACCAGAGCAAACAGGGGUCACCAUUCCGCCAUCGUUCAGUGAGUGUUGGUGAACAGUGGCUCCAGAAUAACAACGCCACCUUCAGGCCACUUCCUGCCAGUGUUUCACCUCCAAGAAACCAUUGCACUUCAAGGAGGAUUCGGGGCGAAGCCAAGAAAUGCCGGAAGGUGUACGGCAUUGAACACAGAGACCAGUGGUGCACCGCCUGCCGCUGGAAAAAGGCAUGUCAGAGAUUCCUCGACUGAA